AUGGCAACGCCUCAAACUCCAAACACUAACCCGUCGAGGGUUAUACCUUUAACGUGCUCUGGGCACACUCGUCCUGUUGUGCAUUUACAGUUCUCACCCAUCACCGAUGGCACUUAUUAUUUAAUAAGUGCUUGUAAAGAUGGUAACCCUAUGCUAAGAGAUGGUCCUACUGGAGAUUGGAUAGGUACUUUUAUGGGCCAUAAAGGAGCAGUAUGGAGUGCUAAAUUGAGCAAGGACGCUUCUAAAGCUGUUACAGCUUCUGCUGAUUUUACUGCAAAAGUAUGGGACACCUAUACUGGUGACGUGCAAUAUUCUUUCACCCAUGGACACAUUGUACGUUCAGCUGACAUUUCUUAUGAUGGAACGCGCAUUAUCUCUGGUGGUCAAGAAAAGAAAUUAAGAAUAUUUGAUUUAAAUAAACCAGAAAAUGCAGUUGUAGAAGUAGAGGGACAUGAAUCAACUAUUAAAAGCGUUAUUUGGGAUGGUGAUAGAAAUGUUGUAUUGAGUGCUGGUGAUGACAAAGAGAUUCGUAUUUGGGACCUUCGUACCUUUAAUCAAAUUAACACUUUUAAAGCUGAACAUCCUAUUACAAGUAUGGAACUUUCAGCUGAUGGCAAAUAUAUUACGAUUUCUAAAUCUACUGCAACAGCAUUUGAUGUUUCUGCAGUAUCUUUACAUCCUGAUCAUAAAAGAUUUGUAGCCGGCGGAAGUAGCGAUUUAUGCGUGAGAAUAUAUGAUUUUGAGAGUGGUAAAGAACUUGAGUUUUAUAAGGGCCAUCAUGGUCCGAUUCAUGCAGUGAGUUACAGUCCCGAUGGUGAAAUUUAUGCUACUGGUUCAGAGGAUGGUACCAUAAGGCUGUGGCAGACAACACCUGGAAAGAGUUAUGGUCUUUGGCAAAAUAAAGCGUCUAAAGAUGAAAAAGAGAACGAUGUGGAUGGAAUACCGACAGAAUAA